AUGGCCGCUCACUUUGAAGACUUGCGCAAGGCUGCAUUCGACGCCGAGAAGGAUCUUAACUCCUACCAGGCCAAGCAGGGCCUUGGAAAGAAGAGCGACUCAACUCUCGAGUCUGGCGUCGACGAGAUGGCCAACAAACGCUUCGAGGAUGCCGGUGCUAGUCUUAAGUAUGGCCCUGGUGCUACUGCCUCAGGCAGUGACCACCGCAAGGUUCCAGAGGAUGAGGGCGGUACUCGCGAUGACCGCGGCAGACUUCCUAAGGCUGAACACUUUAAGGGACCUGGUGGCCCCGAAGACAAUAUCAAGAUUGAUUCUGAGAACCGCCCCGGAGACCAGGAUACGCUGAAUCUGCAGGGUAUGAAGCAGCGGGGAAUCGCGGAGUAA